GCGAGGUAUAAAAUUAAAAUGAGAGCUUAGGGGGGCAGUAGUGUCAGUUUGCCUCUUUGGUAGACCUCAACACCGCCGUACACCAUGUUGAGAUUAGCCGUGUUGUCAGUUUUGCUUGUGGUCGUCUUCGGUCAAGGAUACCAUGGAGAUUCUAGGACCGCAGCUAUAUUAGCUGAAGAUAGAUAUCUCGGUGGUGAUGGCAGAUUCGGGGCACAGUAUCAGCAAGAAGAUGGAGUCAACUUCAAGGAAGAAAGUUCACCUGAUGGAACUCGUCGUGGCACAUAUUCCUAUGUUGAUCCCAACGGUCAAAGGCACACCGUGAGCUACACUGCCGGUAAACAUGGAUUCAUGGCUGUCGGAGAUGGAAUUCCUCAAGCCCUGCCAACCACCUUACCUGUAGCCCCACAACCAAACUACACUCCAUUGCCCCAAUACAAUCCACCUCCACAAAACGACUACAGGCCCGAGUACAGACCUCCUCCACAACAGUACCAACCUCAACAACAGUACCAGCCUCAACCUCAACCUCAACCCCAGUACCAGCCUCAACCCCAGUACCAACCCCAGCCUCAGUACCAACCCCAGCAACAAUAUAGGCCCAAUUAUGAGACCACCACCCCUGCCCCACACAGGUUUUAUCCUCCAGGAAAACUAUCCCUGAACAGAUCCCCUGACGGUUUCAGCUACAGUUUCAAAAAAUCAUAAAUUAAUUUAGAAAUCAAUUAAAUUUUUUAGUGUAUAUAGAACAAUUUCCUACUUAGGAUCUCUAGUGAUAUAUUUAUAAAACUAAAUACUCAUGUUCUCUUCCAAAAAUAGUGCCUUCACAGAUAUUUCAUUAUUAAAAAUAUAAAGCAACUGUUGCUCCCUUUCCUAUGUUCUAUGUUUACACGUUUGUUAUGUAUUUGUUCGAUACACUUCCACAUGUAUUUAUUUUUUGUACUUAUAUGUAAAAUUUAAAAAAGAGACAAGUACUGAAAAGUAAUAACAGACUGAUAAGUACUUUAAUAAAAAUAGUAAAGAUA